GGAAGUAAAACUCUUGAUGCAUAUUGUUUUGCUUCUAAUUUAAACUCUCCCUUUACGGGGUUACUUGGAAUUUGAAUUGGUUUGCCAAAUCGGACUGGCUAUUAGGGACGCACUUAACCCUAUUAUGCAUUUGGGGUAGAGGAGGUUUGAUCCCUUGAAUGGGGAAUUCAAAUUGUUUGUGUUUCUAACCAAAGUUGGUGACUUAAAGGAUUAAUAUUAGGAAAAAUUGGUGAUAAAUCCAAAGAGGGGAGCACAUGGUGGGGCAUUAAGGACAUGGUCGGAUCUUUUGUGGUCAAGAGGACAAGUUUUUUUUGUUCUUGUUGGGUGAAAAGGACAUUUGUGACAGUUUAAGCCUUGCACUUUUUCUAUUUGUAGUUUCUCUCCAUUCUCAAACACCACCGUCGACCACCGCUGCGCAGCAGCAGCGGUGGUGGACAGAUAGGUAUGGGUAAUAUGGUCUUUCAUAUUGUUUUUGUUCUUAUGGCCCCAAAAGUUUCAGAAUUAGACCUUUGGCCCAAGUGCCCUUAAUAUUAUUUGGGUUAGUUCUUAAGAGUACAAGAAAUUUUAAUUUAAAAAUGAAGCUUAAGGUAAGAACUAAAAUGCAAGAAAAGGGAUGGCUUCCAUGUUUUAAACCCCUUAUCUCCUCUCCUUACACUGGUAUUAAUCAUGACCAAAAUGAUGCCAAAACAGAGUAUUAUUGGUCUUUGUGCCAGGUUGAAGUCUGUCAUAUGUAUAACAGAGUUCUCUUUAAUAAAAUAAAUACAAUUUUUUAUUAAUUUGGUGACAAUCUCGUGGUGCAGAUAUGCAAUGACUGGACAAUUGACACAGAAGAGUGACGUGUAUAGCUUCGGGGUGGUUCUGCUAGAGCUUAUAACAGGCCGCAAGCCUGUUGAUCACACUAUGCCUCGUGGACAACAGAGUCUUGUUACUUGGGUGCGCUUCUCUUUUUGUGCCUGCUUUCUGAACUAUCCUCCCACCCAUAUAUAUAUAUAUAUAUAUUCUGCUCAUUUAUUGGUUUUCUUUUUCUUGCAACCAAGUGAUCAUACCCAAUUUUAUGCUGUAGUUGAUAUUGCACAUGGUAAUUGGAUUCUAGGAGAUUUCUGGGAAAGAAGUUCUGGGACCAUAGAAUUACUGUUUAAAGUCCCAAUCUAAUUUUCAUGGCCUAACAUGAUGUGGUGAUGUUGGAAAGGAUGUUUGAUUCUAAAACUAAGAAGGCAUGCUGGAUCUAUAAAUCUGUCUUUCCUCAGUUUCAUUGGAAACAUCUUACAUAAUGAAAAAUGUUGCAGAUGAGUGUGUGUCAGUGAUUUUCUGAAGGUCAUGAAUUUGAGAAACCAAACGAUGGCCAAGCUUUAAACCUUAUGAAUUCAUGUGCAGUGGCAGUGCUUGAAGAGUUUCAGGAUAUAGUCUUUUCAUAUGGUGUUAGUGACGAGUACAGCUUUGUUUUGAAGAAGGAUUCUCAACUCUGUCAGAGGCAUGCCAGGUUGAGACUGGAGGCAAUCCAGGUGUCCUCUUCAAGACGCACCCUAACAUCAACAAAGAGCUGUUUUCCAAUGGAUUGUAUUUUUUUCAUAAAAGAACUUUUCGCAAGUUUUUAGUUGUAAUAACUCACAUAUGCCUCCAAUUUUGAGAUUCAAAUGGAAUGCUUGAUUAAACUACAA